UCGAUUUUACUUUUUUUUCUGCUGGCCCUUCGUCUUGGCACUGGCAGCCCCGAUUCCACCGAUUUAUUUUUCGACCGUGCCCACCACAACCUAUCCAACUAUCCACCCACACACGGCCACACGCACGUCCAGGACUCCCGGGCGGUCAAGCGACUUUUGCGACACGGCGCUCCAUCAUCCAUUGUCUCUUUAACAUCGAUUACAUUCCACCGUACGUCAAAUUUUCCCAGCGGCUCGAUUUUUUUUUCUGCGAGUUGUUUUGCCCCCGCGACGCAUUUUUCUCGCACCUCCAAACCCGCGCGCUCAUUCCACGUCACCCUGUUUAGGCGGUUCGUCGUGUUGCAUUGAAACGCGGUGCUUCGUACUCCAUCGUGACGGAAGACACACGGAUCUCACGAAUAUCAAAGUGCCAAAGAGCUCCCAGGAGCUGUCACUGGUCCACACUACGACAAUCGACAAUCCCCAGAACGGUCCGAAGGCCACACAGUAUCGUGCACGUACUUUGUCGGUUCGAGUUAUCAAUAACACGACGCAGCUACCACGUGCGAACGACCAGCGAUUGUUUAAGCGCAGGACAUAAAGCUCGAGCUGUCAGUACAACCGUCGGUGCUCAGCAACAGUUGUUUUGUCGGUCGUUUUGAGCUCGCAAAGCUAAGGCCUUCGCAUAAGUCUUCUCUUUGAGCGGCAAGAGACAGGUCACUUCGAACUUAUCAUUAGAAGCUCGUCUACUACGAUUUGCUCGGGCCAUUUGUUUGGCGGUUCAUCCUGCAUCGCGACAUCGGCGUUUCCGUCCUUUCGCAAAGAGCCCAGCCUAUACCCGUAGCUAACGGAGAAAGCGGAGCGUCUGUGACCCACUUGCCUUAUCAACUGACGGACCCGGAAAUUUCGGUCACGAUCUCUUGAGAUUUUCUUCACGCUCGUAGAACGAACGGGCUGUGCGGCGAAUCUCGAAAUUCGAUCAGCAAUCGGGAUACUGCGACGGUGCAACGACUAGAUUGACGUCGUCAUAUUUGGGUAUUGAUCGGUGGUCAGGGCGUCCCGCGUGUAAAGGACCCUGGUUUGCAUCGCACUUGAACCGUGCACGAUUCACCUCAUCGAACCUUCAACGACAAGCCAUAUUCGGUUUCAAGAAUCGGCCUUAGAUAUCAAGCCCAAUAAGACGAGACAGCCAGUAUACUUCUGCGGUCUUCUUCUAAAGCUUCUGGCUUACUCCCGAGCUCGUAUCUAUAUCAGGGACAGCACUUGAUUAUCCUGCAGUUGUCUGCCAUACGAAAGAUCAGGGUCUAAACUUGCCAUACAGCUGUGCGGAGGUUUACCUUGACAGACAAAGAAUACCCUGCACAUUCCUUGGAACGAUACUCUCGGGAUUAGUCGACAUUCAAAAUGUCAGAACCGGAAUCUGCUACCGCCGCUAUGGGAAUCGGUAGCGUACUCAACACUAAGGGCGCCCAGGCUAGUGCCGCUCUAGCACAGGCGGCUCAGGCUGCUCAGAUCGCGCAACCGACACAGCAGCUUGAACAAUCUGCUCCUGUUCCCCAACUAGCUACACCUGAACAGCAACCCUCGCAACCGCUCACACAACAGCAACCUAUGGAGCGUGCCAGCUCGCCGCACGCUUCCGUGAAAUUCGAACCCAGCAUGUCCUACCCUUCGCCGACCGGUAUGGGGACCGCAAUGCCCGUUUCCACUGUUCCUAGCGCACACAUGGCCCCGGGUGGACAAAUGGCUACCAACCCGCAGAUGGUUCCCAACAAUCAGAUGGCCCCCAAUGCCCAAAUGGGCCCCAAUCUCCAGAUGGCGCCCAAUUCACAAAUGGCUCCUAAUGCUCAGAUGGCUCCCAGCGGACAGAUGGCUUCUAGUGCUCAAAUGGCUCCCAAUGCUCAAAUGGCGCCUGCACCGAUGGGCAUUCCUGCUAUGCCUACUGUACCAGGAGUCCCGUCAAACAACGGAAUGGUACCUUCUCUUCACCCUUCUUACAAGCCUCAGGUCGAGGGAGGUGCGCCACCAGGACCGCCUCCCAAGGCCUACGCGUGUUCCACCUGCGCCAAGGCUUUUGCACGGAGAAGUGAUCUUGCUCGUCACGAGCGAAUUCAUAGCGGUAUUCGUCCUCACGUGUGCGAUUAUCCCGGCUGCGGGAAACAGUUCAUCCAACGAUCAGCCCUCACCGUCCACCAGCGCGUGCACACUGGAGAGAAGCCCCACCAAUGCGAGAGGUGCGGCAAGCCCUUCAGCGACAGCAGUUCUCUUGCGCGUCAUCGUAGGAUCCAUUCCGGAAAGCGUCCUUACAAGUGCCCGUACAUGGAUUGCCAGAAAACGUUCACCCGCCGGACGACACUGACGAGGCACCAGAAUCACCAUACUGGCACUGUUGAGGAAUCUGCAAAGGCUACGGCAGAAGCUCUUGCCAGGGGAACGUUGGCACGGACUAAGGAGCGAUCGGAGAGCGAGCAGAUCUCCAAUCAAGCGACACCCAUGACCACUCCCUCACCGGCACAGCGGCCCUUGUCCUUGUCACCAAGUGCGGGAUUGGCCAACAUGGAGAUGCAGUAUCUGCAAACCAAUACACUCCCGGCGCAUCUUCGUGGGGACGUUCACGUUUCCAAUGCACCAACGACCUCGCCCGGUUACAGCAACGGACUGACCCGACCCACGUCGCACCCUACCGGGUAUGUUCCUCCCGCAACAAUGGAGCCAACCGUUGAAACUCAGCAAGGAUCCGGGAGUGCGGCCGGCAGUCCUCAGAUUGGAAGUGCAGGUUGGGCGUCUCCUGGGGGUGUCGGAUCUCCAGCUCAAAGCCCCAGCGGUAACGGCUAUGUCUAUCCGGAUCCAGAACCUUUUCCUGGCGCCAGUGCCGGUCAGAUGUUCUACGACAGCGCGGUUGGGACUGGGAGACGUCUCGGGAGCGGGGAGCCACAGAACCCUUCCUAUCAUACUUAGUGCCAUUUGAUUGAAGGAUCGUGGCCCGGACUCCCUUGUCGGUUCCCAGGAUCAGAGCACCUAUAGUAACAGCUUAGUCUGUUUUGAUCCAGUACCCUAGCUAGCCGGUAUCGAGCAAUGUCCUGCCAGAUCGCGGUUAGGCGAAAAGCGUGGAACGGCAGAAUCCGUGUUAUAAUAGGAGGGGUUGGAGUAUUGGUUGGAACUUGAGUUUCAACCUGUAUCUCUGAAUUGGGGGAGCCUUUGAGGGUAUGGAAACCAAAUUUUUCCAUGGCUCAGAGGAGAGAACCUUCCAACAAGAUUUCCACCUUUGUUUUAUCUCCCUGGUGUUUUCUGUUAAUCCAUAUCUCGAAAAGAACGAUAGGUUUUGCAUGAUGGUAGGCUCGACAGGAAAAAGCGGGUAUCAUUAAGUUUUCUUUCUCCUUGACAAAUAAACACGGUCUGGACCGGAGUGGACUAUUCUAAUGACGCCGAUGGCGAAAAAUGGCAGCGCCUCUUCUCUUCCGCUUUUCUGUUCUGUCCCUCUUCUCUCUAUUGGCUUGCAGCACAUCCCUAGCCGGUCAAUUCACGCCACAUUGCGCCUGCAAAUCCUUGCAUUAACCAUUUUGAAUCGACUUUCUGUUACAACUGGACAAGGGAAACAACGUUUUUUCAUACCGUCGGGGAAUGGUGUUGUAUCAGGUUCAUUGCGGGUCAGUCCUGGGCUCUGGGUCAUUUCAGCAGCAUGGUUCGGUGUGGGUUCUUCUGGAAUUUUCUUUUUUUCUUUUUGUUUUGCCCUGGUUUCGUGAACUCAGGACAGCAGAUUGCUGCUCUAGUCUGGUUCCAAUCAAUCUUUUUGGCCUUUUCGCAACCCUUCGUUGGGUUCGGAAAUAGGGCAAUUGGCAAGGUCUUUGGUCAUUGGUGUUCAAGGCAAUUUGGUUCUUUAGAUCUAUCUCGACCUUGUCGUCACCCUCCUUCUGAGUGAUCAGUUCAGAGUGAAACAUGUCAGGGUGUUAUAUGGGCGCUAGAGAAAGCAGCGUAGCAAUUAUAGAUUUUGCAUCUUGCGGCCAUUGCAUCUUUUUCCAUCAUUUUACCCGGAUCUUCUGGUUAUGGAAUUGUACGUUGCGAGGCCGCAAAGCGACUGAUGGUACUUGGUGAAAUGAGA